AAAACAAAAACAAUGCAAAAGCUCCCUAGGCGAGCUUCCACUCUGCAGUGAACGGUGCAACAACUAAACGGUGGCCGCGUCGUGGUCGUACGGAUGCAAAGCUCUCUGCCUCCCUGGGAGUUCCGAGAACCGAAUGUCAACUCACAAAUUCCAAAUCCCUCUUCUUAAUCGAGAAUCAAACGACACGUCGUAAUGGAUCCCCCACCCCAAUUCCCUCCUCCGCAAAACCCCAACGUGUUCCUAGACCCCACUUCCGAUUCAAUCCCAAAUCUUCUCCAAAACCCUAACCACUACCUCUCCUUCUCCGUCCCCAAGAAGCGCCGCCGCGGCCGCUCCCAGCGCAAUCCCUCGUCGUUUCGCCUCCCUCUCCCCCUCCCCUCCGACCACCCUCCCUCCUCCUCUUCCCGCGCCCCCGCCUCCGACGAAAUCAUCGUAAUCAACAAGGAGCCCAAAACCGAAGCCCUAAUCGCCCUCACCGCGGGUUUUCCGGCGGACUCCCUCACGGAGGAGGAGAUCGACGCCGCCGUGCUCCCGGUCAUCGGCGGCAUCGAGCAGGUCAACUACACUCUCAUUCGGAACCACAUAAUCGCCAAGUGGCGCGAGAAUGUUUCCAAUUGGGUGAGUAAGAAAGCAUUCCUCGAUUACAUACCGCAGCAUUACCACGCGCUUUUGGAUUCCGCUUAUAAUUACCUUGUCUCGCAUGGUUACAUAAAUUUCGGAGUCGCUUCUCCUGUCAAGGAGAAGAUUCCGGCGGAGCCCAGCACCCCCGCCGUGAUUGUCAUCGGCGCUGGGCUUGCCGGGCUGGCUGCGGCCCGGCAGCUCAUGCGGUUUGGGUUCCGGGUGACGGUGUUGGAAGGGCGGAAGCGCGCCGGUGGCCGGGUUUACACGAAGAAGAUGGAGGGAGGGAAUAGGUUGUGUGCUGCUGCGGAUUUGGGAGGGAGUGUGUUGACGGGUACAUUGGGGAAUCCCCUUGGGAUUGUGGCUAGGCAGUUGGGUGAGUUGCUUCAUAAGGUGAGGGAUAAGUGUCCACUUUAUUGCGUGGAUGGGAGGCCGGUUGAUCCGGAUAUGGAUGUGAAGGUGGAGUCCGCGUUUAAUCGCUUGCUUGACAAGGCAAGUAGGCUUAGGCAGUUGAUGGGGGAGGUUUCGGUGGAUGUGUCGCUCGGGGCGGCGCUGGAGACGUUUCGGCAAGUGUUUAAGGAUGGUGUGAGUGAUGAGGAGAUGAACUUGUUCAAUUGGCAUCUUGCAAAUUUGGAGUACGCGAAUGCUGGGUUGUUGUCGCAUCUUUCGCUUGCGUUUUGGGACCAGGAUGAUCCGUAUGAUAUGGGGGGAGAUCAUUGCUUUUUGCCUGGGGGCAAUGGGAAGCUGGUUCAGGCUUUGGCUGAGAAUGUGCCGAUUUUGUAUGAGAAAACUGUGCAUACGAUUAGGUAUAGUGGGGAUGGUGUGCAGGUGAUUGCAGGGAGUCAGGCUUUUGAGGGUGAUAUGGCGUUGUGCACUGUUCCAUUAGGUGUGUUGAAAAAAGGGUCUAUCAAGUUUAUACCAGAGUUGCCUCAGAGGAAACUUGAUGGAAUAAAGAGAUUGGGUUUUGGUCUGCUGAAUAAGGUUGCGAUGCUUUUCCCUCAUGUGUUUUGGGAGAUGGAUCUUGACACGUUUGGGCAUCUUAAUGAUGAUUCAAGUCGUCGUGGGGAGUUUUUUUUGUUUUACAGUUAUGCAACAGUUGCCGGUGGUCCCCUGUUGAUUGCUUUAGUAGCAGGGGAAGCUGCACAUAAGUUUGAGAGCAUGCCCCCUACAGAUGCAGUCACACGGGUUCUUCAAAUUCUUAAGGGUAUCUAUGAACCAAAAGGAAUUGUUGUUCCUGAACCUAUCCAAACUGUCUGUACUAGAUGGGGUAGUGAUCCCUUCUGCUUUGGUUCUUACUCUAAUGUUGCAGUCGGCGCAUCUGGUGAUGAUUAUGAUAUUUUAGCAGAAAGUGUGGGAGAUGGUAGACUCUUCUUUGCUGGGGAAGCAACCACUAGGCGCUAUCCGGCUACUAUGCAUGGGGCUUUCCUAAGUGGUCUAAGAGAAGCUGCAAAUAUGGCCCACCAUGCUAAUAUUCGAACACUGAAGAUGAAAGUUGAUAAGGCCCCUUCAAAUGCUCAUUCUUGUGCUUCCCUUCUUGCAGAUUUAUUUAGAGAACCUGAUAUAGAAUUUGGGAGCUUUUCUGUCAUUUUUGCUCGGAAGAAUACAGACCCCAAGUCACCAGCAAUCUUGAGGGUAACAUUUAGCGAGCCUAGAAAGAAAUGUCAUGAAGUUGCAAAACAAGACCAACAACACUCAAACAAAUUACUUUUUCAGCAGCUUCAAUCACAUUUUAAUCAACAACAGCAGCUUCAUGUUUACACUUUGCUAUCAAGACAACAGGUUCUUGACCUAAGAGAGGUAAGAGGCGGUGAUGAAAUGAGAUUGAAUUACCUUUGUGAAAAGCUAGGAGUGAAACUGGUCGGAAGAAAAGGAUUGGGAAUGAAUGCUGAUUCUGUCAUUGAUUCCAUUAAAGCUGAGAGGGGCAAUCGUAAGCCCGUUUCAACCUCUUUGGCUCUUAAACCAGGGGUGUCAUCAAAGCUGAAGGCAGGCAUUAUGAAACGCAAGUUAAUUAGAAGGGCAAAAGUGGUGAGGAAAAGCAAUGGUUCCAUUAAUGUGGGGAGUGCCAUCAAAGUAUCAGAAGAGGUUAAGAUAACAGAUCAUGUGCUUCCUGAUGUACCUGUUUCAGGGAGCGAUCAAAAUGAUUUGUCAAAUCCAUAAAUGGAUGGCCAUGCUUCACUCAGGAGAAAGACUAAGAUGCCAUUCAACUUGUUAUCACGGAGUCUUUUCUUGGAUCAUCAGGUGUUAGUUCUUGGACCCUUUGAAGAUUAUCUGCUAUAUCUCCUUUAUCGACUCUCGCAUUGGUAUGGUUGCCUUGUAACCUAGAAGUCACAAGUUCUAAUGCCAGAAACGACAUCUCCACUUGCAACAGCAAGGUUGUGUACAUCUACUCCUCAUAAUACUUAGUGUGAGUCUCAUGCACUAGAGUAAUUCGUAAGAAAUAGGUUUGAAAGUUGUAGUAAAUAUAUUUAUAAAUGAAUAGAUCACCUUCUUGCAACUAAAUCCAAGAUCUUGAUGACAAGGUUAAAGGACAUUGACUCUUACAUGACACAAUGGUAUAUCAUUCUCCUUGACAUCCUUUGACAAUAAAGGCACCAGCUGUUCACCGAAGUUUUAUAUAUUAACCUUGUGGUAUUUGUCUUUGGUGAGUAUAGUAUCAUUUGUUUAUAGUGUUUGUGUCUGUUUGGAUAAACUUCUCCAAAAGCACUUCUAGGAUAAAUAAAAGAAGAGAAAUUGAAAUAAAUUUUUUCAUAAAACUAAAACUAGUUUAUGCAUGAAUUAAAAAUAAGAUUUUGGAGAAUUUAAUAGGAUAGAGCUUCCACAAAUUAACAUAUGUAUAAACUAAUUUUAGCUUAUAGAGAAGUUUAAUAUAUUUUUCCUUCUUAUUUCUCUAUAUUAGAAGUGUUGUUGGAGAAAUUUACCAAAACAGACUCCAGUUGGAUCAUCCACACUGCAUUUGUUCAAUAAAUUGAAGAUGGUCUCUUGCAAAUAUCUCAAGUGCUGGUGGCUCUAUGAUUCAGGAUAGUGGAAUGUAUUAUCUCUUCUAAAUUGACACCGAACGGAAUGUUGACCUUGCCUUGGUCUUUACCUAAUAUUUCUGGAAUAGUUGAAUAUAUUGCCACCCUAGAGAUGAAUUUGUGAAUGGCAGCAUUGUGAUUGGUCUCGUUAUGCUAAUGUCUCCAGCAAAUUAAGACUAGCCAUUCUCGUUUGGUUCAAAGCCACCUUUUAAGGCAGCCAAUGUGGGAAAAAUGUAGUUUUUAUGAUUUUGUGUACUCGUGUUUGUAUGACUUGUGAGGAAAUGUAACCGUAAGCUGUACUAUAGCUUUGUAUAUGCUCUGUAAGUCGUGUUUCCUUAAAAACUUAUUAGAGCUGCACGAAUGAUUUUUUGUUAUUUUUUUUCAAGAUAAACAUAAAUGUUGUGUCA